AUGUCAUCCCGAAAUAACUUUUCAGCAUAUACCGCUAAGGCAAAUGCUGCUACGUCAAAGAAGCGGCCGUUGCCAAUUGACACUUCUAGCAGUGCUAUGAAGCGACCGAAGACUAAAGGCGGCUUUAUAUGGGAUAGCGAUGAUAACGAUGACAACGAUAUGAAAGAUGUGAAUGAUCACGUUUGUGCUUCUCCGAGACCAGCUUUGCUACAAGACACCUUACAGACAAAGCCUACCCCAAAAUCCCUCCCAACAAAGCAGCUCGAUAAGUCUCGCAUUCGGGCACUUUUGGGCAAGAACAAAGAGUUGGAUCAGAACAAACUACAGGCAUUACCACCGAGUCCGGCUCAACAACCUUUGCAGCAAUCUGUGAGUACUGCUGCUCAUUCGGCACUACCAGUACCUACCAAGAGCCCACAAGAAAAUCCCCUCCCAAAAGGACAGAAUGAGAAGGCGAAAGUUGCUCAGAAGCCUGGGAAAACACUUCCUGUGUUAAGAGAGAUGGGUGCUUUGAGGCAGUUUAAUGCUGUAAAACCCAGGAGCAGAGCCGAUAUACUCGAAACCACCGAAGAAAAACCCUCGUUCAUUGAAGGGGUUCGUCCGAUAACUCAUCAUAGACAACUAAACAGCGACUCGAAACCCGAGAAGCAAGGCUUGGGCAAUUUUAGCGCUUUGCAAAAGCCCACACGACUUCCUAAAUCAGUUUCAUCUUCCUCGAAGCAAAUUUUACCAAAAGUUAAGGCUUCUGGCAUUCUAUGUGGUACUGGCGAUAUCAAUAACGCGAGCUCCAAGAAGCAGGAUAUGUUUCUGGCUAGCACUAGGAUGAACACAAAGGCUGGUAAGGAAAGUCCAGAUUGCACGCCUGUAACUAGCCCCGUCUUUAAAACGUGUUCAGCAGUAGAUGCCGACAAAGCAUCUCCACCGGUUGUUCGUGUAGGAACCCCAGAUGCCCAAGCAAGCAGCAGCAGCAGCAGCAGGAUUUUGGAUCUCAGUCAAUGUCCCGGAAUCUCUGCAGAUGCAAUACCUUAUUUUGAGUAUUCAAUCUCUCAAAAGCAGUGGUACAGUGAGCAGGACGAGAAAGAGGCUUUGGUUAGUGAAAUAACUGUACGUCCGUUUACCAGUAUGCUUGAUGCAAAUGCACAGGCGGAGAGAUAUUUUCAGAGCAAACAACAACAUCCGGGCUACAUGACCAUCGAGCAGAGCAGCAAACGAGACGAACACGGCUGCAUGAUUCUGACUGGCAUCAUAGCGCCUUUCGAAUACCCAGCCAAAAAACAAUAUACGCAGAUAUAUGUCAAACGCGAUUACGUUUCCGAGUUGGCAAACCAGACGCAUCAUUCCGUUAAGGAUACGUUCUUCAUAUCGGAUACUGUCUACGUUUUGAGGUUGUUCAAGCUGCUCGACUCUGAUGAUUCCGAUGCAAACUCCGACGCGGAGUCAGACAGUAGAAAAGGCAAGGUUAGCGAACCUGUCCGUGUGUACCGUCCUCACGGGCGCCCAGAGGUGUACACUACCUUACAAGCUGCGAACCAUGCUGCUAGAAGCCUUCAAAUCGAGCUCGGCCACGAAAAGAACCCAACAAAUGCAAUGACCAAGAAGUAUCAGGAACAGGACUUGAAGAAACUCAACGCGAAGGCACUUGCACUUGCGGCAGCUGGAGAAGAUGAAGAUGGAUGCUGGCAUAGCAAGUUCAACGCUCGCGGCUUGGGAGGAGAUAAACUUGAGCUGGUGGUCGAGAAGGCAGGGAUCUGCGGACCGAGGAAUAUUUGA